AUGUUACGUUUACUCCCUAUUCAGUCCUUGUGUACGAGCUUCAAUUUUUUGCCGUCCCCAUUCAAAGCGUUUGGUGAGAGUGAGUGCCUGGAUACGAGAUCAGCCACGUUCAACAACACACUGAAGUAUUUCGAACGUUACACAUACAUGCACUGUCUGCUAGAAUGCGCCGCUGAUUUACUCUUUAAAGCAUGUGGUUGUAUCAUGCCCAGUGAUCCACCUCUUGGUCCAAUUUGUUCAUUGAAAGCCCAAGGCGAAUGUUACAUGCCUUUGAUGAGGUAUACUCGAACAAAUGCGAGUGCACAGACACAUUGUCAGUGUAAGGAAGUGUGCAGUUCCACAACAUAUGACGUCCGAAUGUCUACAGCAGCCUUCCCGUCCCAGCUGUGGAACAGGUUCCUGGUGGACAACUAUAUAGUUCCUGACGACACAUACACCAAAGACAACGUUCUAGAACUGAGGAUCUUCUACAAUGACAUGUUGGUUGAAACCGUGGAACAGGUGCCUGUGUACAAAACGGCAACAAUAGUUGCAAACCUCGGUGGUCAGAUGGGCAUUUGUCUUGGAGCCAGUAUCCUGACAUUAACAGAGUUGGCAGAGUUUUUUGUCUUUUUGUUUAUGUGCAUACUACACUGCUUCAAACCAAUGAACACUGUGAACCCUAUUACCAACCAUUAAUCUUGAUUUUCUUUAAAGUCGUAAAAAGCAUAAAUGUGCUUGGUUGUCCCUUUUACAAUUAGAGCUGGGCGGUAUUGAAGGUUCGGUAUUUUUGGCGUGAUGUACCUCGGUAUCUGUAUGGUAUUCGGUAUCGAUACCAUACCGAUGCUAAAAACCAAUCGUUAUUUUCAGUAUUCUCGGCUUUAAAUGCAUACCCGAGUUAAGUCUCACCCGCUAAUUUCAUCUAAAUAAAACUAAAUUAUAUACACGAGACCUUCAUCUCUCUCUUCUUCUGAACUAUUUUGCGUUCGUCAAAUAUACACAAUGUAUAUUGUCAGUGCUUUACUAAAUCACGGGGAAACGAUCAAAUAUUUUGAUAUUUUCUCGGUACAGUAAAUCGGUAUUGACAUGAUACCGAUACCGAACGGUAUACACGACAUACCACCCAGCUCUGUAAUCAAUAAGUUAGUUUUUGAGGUGCACUGGUUUUCUAUUAACAAAGGUUAAUAAUCAACAGAUCUUUAAAAUACAGCAUUUAAUGGGUAGCUUUUAAAUGCAUUGUUCAAAUAUGAGAUGCCUGUAGAAGAUUAGUGCUUUGUGCAUAUUAUGUUACAGUUAAUAACAAUGUCGACUACAGCACGUUUGUGCUCGGUGACUGCUUUAUUUGGUUAAACAUAUUAUAUACAGAUUAUUUGAAAAUAUUAUUAUUUAUUAUUAUUAUUA